CUCCAAUUUCAGUGCAGCUCACUAUUCACUAUACCUUACCUUACACAAACUCAUAUAAAACGUCUGCAAAAUCCUCACUCUCAGUAAAUAACUCAACAAAAUCUGCAAAUGUCAACCCACAAGAGAAAAAUCAGUUUGCGCAACGUUGCAGUGAAACUUGGCUGCAGCAAUUGUAUGUGGCCCAAAAUUUCCAGCAUUUUCCACCCUAAGCCCCGCCACCACCACAAAAUAACCAACAACAACAACAACAUACCCAGUAUAUUCUCACAAGUAGAGUCUGAGGAGAGUGGGUACGUACCCCUGCCUUUGUGGAAUAGAGAGGUUGUUUCUGACAAACCUUCGGCACAAAAAAAAUGUUUUCAGAACAAGUCCCACAAAACAACCAACAACUACUCCAAUAAUCAUGACUCUUCCUCUAGUUCUUCUAACACUACUACCACCACCACCACUUUUCAAGAAUUUGGCAGAAUUGGAGGAGAGAGUGUUGCCGUUGAGAAAGAUUCCGACGACCCUUACGUUGACUUCCGGCAGUCAAUGUUACAAAUGAUACUUGCGAAGGAGAUAUAUUCUAAAGAAGAAUUAAGAGAGCUUCUCAACUGUUUUUUGCAGUUGAAUUCUCCUUAUUAUCAUGGUAUUAUUGUUAGAGCUUUCACAGAGAUCUGGCAUUGUGUUUUCGCCGUAAAGCCUGGAGUUGCCGGAGCUGAGUCGCCGUUCUUGCAGUGCGGCAGUAGCGGUGGCGGUGGAGAGUGGUGGUCACGUGUGUGACUCCUUUCCUAUAAAUAUAUUGUUUACUCCGGACAGAGCUAGAAUACGUAUUACAAGUUCGGUCCAAUUUGGUAGGUUUGUCUAAUUUAUAUUUGUUCAGGGAAUUCAUUUAAUAUGUGCGAAUUAUUAAUUUAAAACUGAGUAAUUCAAAAGGAUUAAAAUUCCUAAUUCAUAAGUUUUGAUCCUAGCUCCUCCUCUUUAAGUAUUACUCGUCAAAACAUAUAUAGUUAGAGACGGAGCUAAGAUUUGAAAUUUAUGAUUAAAGAUUUUAAUCUUUUUUAAGUUAUUAGAUUUUACAUUAAUAAUAUACGUAUUAAUAAAAAAUUUAAGACAAAUAUAGAAUUUUGUUGAACUUGCUUCCUACCGUCUAGCUCUGCUUGUGUACAUAGCAGAAUUUAGGGAGUAGUAUGAAGAUAUGAGACCCAUAAGUAUUUCUUGGGCUCCAGAAAUAUUUUAUUUUGUUGUAAUUUGUUUUAGCGUUCUAUAGUUAGGGGAAAAAAAAUUAGAGUUCACAGCUUCUUCUUUUUUUAUUACAUUUAGAAAUUGAUGAAGAGAAAAACUGUCGAAAAGUGAGGUUUCCAUUCUCACUUGUCCUUCCUUACAUUACCUUUCUUUUCCAUACGACAUUCCUUGUGUCUCGAUCUUUAUGAUUUACUUUUAGAAAAAAACGUAUUUUUAAAUGAAAAAAAAACAAUUUUACACUUUUUAUUUUAUCUUUACUUAAAAAAUUGAUAACCAUACUAUGAGCCUGUUUGGAUGGGCUUAUGCCUAUAAGCUGAAAACAACUUAUAAGCUAAAAAAAAUAAGUUGGGGUAGUUUAACUUAUUUUUUUUUACUUAUAAGCUGUUUUCAGCUUAUAAGCUGCUUUAGAUAAGCUAAGUCAAAUGGGCCCAAUUAUUUUUUUGAGCUUAUUUUAAGCACAAAAUGACUUUAAGCUGGUCAGCCAAACACUUAAAAAAACUGAAAACAGCUUAUAAGUAACUUAUAAGCCAAUCCAAACGGGUUCUAUGUCGUACUUUUAAUUUGCUUUUCUUACUUUUCUUUUUAGUUUAUUUAAAAAAUAAUACCACUUUAAAUAUUUAGUAAUCUUUACAUAUAUUACACAUAUCGUUAGUUAAUGAUCAUGAGAUUUCAAAUACUCCAUUACUUAUAUUAUUAGAUCUCUUUUUGUUUUUCUUUUCUUUCUUAAAAGUCGUUAAGGUAUCACCUUAUCUGAAAAAGAAACAAUAGUACUAACUUUUCCUUUUAAUUUCUCUUUUCCUCUUCCUUCCUUUCUUAGUGAACAUAAAGCAAGUUUAAUUGUAGGCAAUUUUAUAUAUAGCUGCUUAUUUUAUGGUUUCAUACAUACUAAAUUAUUUUUGUGAAAUAAAUCCCAGUAAUUUUUCUUAAUUAUCAUAAAAUAUAGUAACCUUUUGGUUUAUAAAUAAUUUAUUAAUUUUAAUAUAAAAAAUAACUUCAUUCUAAAUCUAAUCACUUAGAUUCUGAAUUUGCUUUUGGUGUGGGAGGUCUUCCAUUCUCUGUACUUUGGUCAAGGUUCUUGCGGUCUUCUCGUUGUCAGAAAGUAAGCCUGUUAGGCCAAACUUCUAAAAAUAACUUAUUUUAAAAAAUAUUUUUUUUAAAAGCAGUUUAUAUUUGACCAAUUAAUUUAAAAAGUACUUUUGAGCUGCAAUUAGUGUUUGGUCAAGCUUUUAAAAAGUGAUUCAAUGUGUAUUUUUCUCAAAAGUACUUUUCAAAAAAGUGUUUUUGGGCAAAAGCUAUUUUUUUAACUUCUGCAAAACUGCUUCUGCUACUCCCCAAAAACACUUAUAUUUUUUCAAAAGUUUGGCCAAACACCUCACUUUUUUUAAAAUAAGUACUUUUGGGGGAAAAAUAGCUUGGCCAAACAGGCUAUAAGACUUCGGGAUUUGGAAUAUGAGCAAAAAAUCAAUAAAAUCAUUAUGGCAAAAUUAAUUAAUUAAAUAAUGACAACUUGAGAGAGGUGUGUUUAAUGCAAUUGAGAAAAGUGUUCUUGAGUUUAUUUGUACCUAUCUCAACAAUCAAUUAAUACUCAAUUUUAGGAGUUGGCUUCACUAGCUUAGUAAUUAAUUGACCCAUUUUGAUCAAGUAUUAUUUUUUAUUUUUCUUUCAGUUUCACUUGUAAUGCCUAAUGAAUGAGCAGUAGAGGAGAAUGAAUCAGUGUAGUAAUCUUGACUUUUUU